AUGGAUUUUUCACCAUUGGUAACGGUUCGAGAGGGGGAUUUCAACACGGACAGUGUUUCUACAUCAGAGAUGGAUACUUUAGAGGAUGAGACUAAGCAAACAAGUAGAGGAAAACCUCCGAGGCAUCUCUCUGCAAUGCAACAGUUCACAAGCACUAGUAGUAGGCUGCAGGAUUUGGAUGUUUGUAAUUUGGUCAUGAAGUCACCGAAUGAAAAUCCGGAGUUUGUGCCUGUUUACCGAUCAGGGAGUUGUGCUGAACGAGGACCAAAACAGUUCAUGGAAGAUGAACACAUUUGCAUUGAUGAUCUUGUUGAGCAUCUUGGUGCUGCUCUUGAAUUCUCAUCUCCUGGAGCCUUCUAUGGGGUCUUUGAUGGUCAUGGUGGCACAGAUGCAGCAGUGUUUGUUAGGAAGAACAUACUGAGAUUCAUUGUAGAGGACUCCUACUUCCCACUAUGUGUAAAGAAGGCAAUCAAGAAUGCUUUCUUGAAAGCUGAUUACGAGUUCGCAGACGACUCUUCUCUUGACAUCUCUUCUGGGACCACUGCGCUUACAGCUUUUAUUUUUGGAAGGAGGUUGAUAAUUGCAAAUGCUGGUGAUUGCCGAGCAGUGUUGGGGAGAAGAGGCAGAGCAAUAGAGUUGUCCAGAGACCACAAACCGAACUGCACGACCGAGAGAGUGAGGAUAGAGAAGUUAGGUGGAGUUGUGUACGAUGGCUACCUCAACGGGCAACUAUCAGUGGCACGUGCUAUUGGGGACUGGCACAUGAAAGGUCCCAAAGGCUCUGCUUGUCCACUAAGCCCUGAGCCAGAGUUGCAAGAGACUGACCUGAGCGAAGACGAUGAGUUCUUGAUAAUGGGAUGUGACGGUCUGUGGGAUGUGAUGAGCAGUCAGUGCGCUGUGACAAUCGCUAGGAAGGAGCUGAUGAUUCAUAAUGAUCCAGAGAGAUGCUCUAGAGAGCUUGUGAGGGAGGCUCUUAAACGGAAUACAUGUGACAAUUUGACUGUGAUUGUUGUUUGCUUCUCUCCUGAUCCUCCACAGAGGAUAGAGAUCCGAGUGCAGUCUCGUGUGAGGCGGAGCAUAUCUGCGGAAGGGUUAAACCUUCUCAAAGGCGUGCUUGAUGGUUACCCCUGA